AUGCCAAUGAAAUGGACCCCCGAGAAGGACCAGCUCCUUCUGCUUAAAAUUCUUGAAACCCACGAGCUCAAAGUCAACACCAGCAAGGUUGCUGAAGCAUGGCCCGCGGGGGACAAACCCACCGCCCGUGCAAUUGCUGAGCGUCUCGUCCGUAUGCGUCAGAUGGUUAAGUCUGCCACCGUUGACAAGGGAGCUGAGGGACACUUCAGCAUCGGAUCCGGGCCUAGCAGCACUCUAUCCACCCCUCAAAAGCCCCGUACAGCCUCUUCUACUGUUUCUCCAGCCGGAUCCACAAAACGCAAGCGAACUGAUACUGGCAAGAGUUCCUCUGUUUCGCCCCUCAGGGCAGAAACGAUCUCUGGUAGUGACCGUGAUGGCGAGUAUGAACUGGAUACUGAGUUCAUGCCGCCUAAUACGCCUAGCAAGAAACUGUCUGACGUUCCUCUGUUUUCUGCGCCGGCUACUCCGGGAAUGGACCAGGUACUGGGUCAAACUUUGCCCUCGGCUGGGACAAGUUUGGGCUUCAUUAAGAGAGAUGAAGCAGUUGGUGACGGUAGUCCUGUUAAGCGGCAGCCUUCUCUAAGAUCACGCCGGGCUACUGUUCACUUUGGAAUGGUUAGCCAUGAGAAUUCGCUUGAUCAUAGCGACGAUCUUCUUGACCCGCGUGAGGAUUCUGUAGAGAGUUCUGCGUCUGAUUAUGUUCCUGAUCCUUCUGUCUUUGAUGACGAUGAAUUUGCGUAG